GGUACUCAAAACGACGUCGUAUGGGUUGCUCUCCUCGUUUUCUAUUUUGGUUGGAAACUCUCCACGUUUAUGCACUCUCUCUUUUGUCCCGACAUUCCAUCUGCAAAUAGUGUGCGUUCUUCUUUGUCCCUCAUAUGGAGUGAGAAUUCCCUCUCAUUCUGUCUCUUCUGAAGCAGAUAUUUUAAAAUUUUCUCUUUCGAAAUGCUCUGAAGCACAAUUAACCUGAACCGAAAAAAAAGCAGGAAUUUACGUGAACUCAAUUGCAGCGACCAGAAACACAAGUACAAGUGUGAAAGAAGACAAAUCGCAAAUAUACAUCACAACCCAGAAACCACAAAUCGUUGCUCGAAUCCAGUACACAAUUUAUGUUGAAGGGUUAGUUUAAGGCUCACUUCAGCUUUUAUAUAUUGGAUGAAGCUUGGGUAAAACAGGGAAAGAGUUAGUUCAUACACAGAGAGACUGGUGGUUUGGCUUUGCUGCUCUGUUUCUCUCACUCCAAUAUUCGCCAAUUUAUUUCUGAAUGAUGGAUUUGAGGAUUGAUAUGCAGCGGGCUUCCUUUGCUCAAAUUGGCAAUCUCGGGCUUCUGCUCCUAUGGCAUAUUGUACACCUUUUUGUCAGCAUAUGGUACUUUCUAUUGGGUUUAGCUUAUGUGCUUCAAAGCUAUCUUAUUUCUGGUGGAGUACUCAAGAGCUACAAAGCCCUUAAUUUGGGCAAGCUACGGUACCUGGCAAUUGUGAUAGAAAGUGAAGAAGCUUACCAAACAUCAAAAGUAAUUGAGCUGCUGCAGUGGCUAGAAGCUAUUGGUGUGAAGCGUGUGUGCCUCUAUGAUACAGAAGGAGUGUUGAAGAAAUCAAAAGAAGCCAUCUUGAAUAAACUGAAAAAUGCAAGCGAAUUUAAGGCUUAUGAAGAUUUAGUCGAUCAAAACCGCAUGGCUCUGGAAAUUUUGUCAUUUUCUGAUGGAAAAGAAGCUGUAACCAAAGCAGCUAACUUACUUUUUGUGAAGUAUUUGAAGUUGGCCAAAUCAGUUGGAGAUCAUGAAGAGAAAAUCUUUACAGAACCUAACAUGGAUGAGGCACUAAAAGCUAUUAGUUGUAGAGGGCCAGACCCUGACCUCCUAUUGGUUUACGGACCUGCAAGAUGCCACCUUGGUUUCCCUGCAUGGAGAAUUCGAUAUACUGAGAUUGUACAUAUGGGACAAUUGAAGUCUAUGAGAUAUGGUUCCCUAAUUAAAGCCAUCUACAGGUUCACCACUGUGCGGCAGAACUAUGGUAAAUGAUAUAGCAAUUGGAAGUUCAUAGCUUGGAUAAAUGAUGGCUUAUACAAAGAGUUCUCAAAGUCCAAGCCUGCUUAUCGUCUUCCGUGUACCCUAAUUAUGUAAACAAUAAUCUUGCUCUUGUACAAGACAUCCAUUAUGUUAUAAGUUAUAACCAGUAAUCUUCACCCAA